AUGCCCUCCACCCGCAAAUCCACAGGCGGACGCCAGGCUACGGGCCCAGGCAAGCAGUCGACCCUAUCCUUCAGCCACCGGGUGACUAAGACGGUGCCCAAGUCGGCCAAGGACUCCGUCAUCCCCCCGUCCAUCGCCAAGCCGGCCCAACCAGAGAAGGCGAAGCCCACAGAGCCCGAGGACGAAGCCGACGACGUCCAGGUCGAGCCCACGCCGGAGCCGGAGCCGGAGCUGGAGCUGGAGCUGGAGCCGGAGCUGGAUGAGGACCAGGAAUCCGAGAUAGUUCCCGAGAAGUCGGAGGCGGAGUUGGCGGCCGAGAAGGUCAGCAAUGCGGCGAUCGAGCGCUACUGGCGCAAGCUCGAAUCCCAGCGCAUGGCCAAGCAGGUCCACCAGGAGGGCCUGAGCACGGGCGAGAGGGUGCUGCGGUAUUUCGACGUGAGCUCACAGUAUGGGCCCUGCAUGGGAAUCAGCCGCGUUAGGCGAUGGCAGCGAGCGCAGAAGUUGGGCCUCAGCCCGCCGAUCGAGGUUCUUGCUGUGCUGUUGAAGGAGGAGGCGAAGGGCAACAGCGGGAUCGAGAAGGCACACAUGGACGAAAUCAUGAAUCCCACUGCCGCCGCCGCUUGA